AAACUAGCUUAAAGAUGAAAUCUAAAAAUGGCAUGUUCAUAGCUUGUGUCACAUUUUCAAUGCUGGUGUUUGAUGCUGCUUCACAGUGCAGCAGGAAACCAGUGAUAUUCAACUUCGGCGAUUCGAAUUCAGACACCGGCGGCCUUGCUGCAGCCAUGGGAUACGAGUUUGGAUAUCCCGACGGCCGCGCCUUCUUUCAUCGCCCCACUGGUCGCCUGUGUGACGGUCGCCUCAUCAUCGACUUCCUUUGCGAAAAUGUGAAGUCAAAUUAUUUGAGUCCUUAUCUGGAAUCAUUGGAAGCAGAUUUCUCAAAUGGAGCAAAUUUCGCAAUUGUUGGCUCAGCCACUCUCCCUAAAUACGUUGCAUUCAAUUUGAACAUUCAAAUUCUUCAAUUCAGACUCUUCCAUAAUCACUCUCUCCGCCUCCAAUCCCAAGGUUACAAGAAUCUUGUGGGAGAAGAUGGAUUCAAGAACGCCCUGUACAUGAUCGAUAUAGGCCAAAAUGAUCUCACCGCUGCAUUCAACAACGUUCCGUACGACCAAGUUAUUCAAAAGAUCCCUACAUUCAUCUCAGAGAUUAAGGAGGCAAUGUGGAUCAUACACCUACUCGGUGGGAAGAACUUGCGGGUGCACAACACGGGGCCGUUAGGCUGCCUGCCUGAAAAUCUCGCGUCACUCAAACCAAAUGCCUCCCAAGUAGACCAAUAUGGCUGCAUCGCCUCCAUGAAUGAAGCCGCCAAAACAUUCAACUCCCAACUGCGUGAUCUUUGCCAACAACUACGCGAUCAGAUGGAAAACACGACCAUCGUCUACGUGGAUGUAUACACUGCCAAAUACAAUCUCAUUUCAAAUUCUUCCACCUAUGGUAUGAAGAAUCCAUUGAUGGCAUGUUGCGGAAAUGGUGGAGCGCCUUACAACUUCGAUCCAGAGAAAAGGUGUCGGGAUAUCGAUGCAGGGUUCGACCUGUGCAAGGAAGGGGAAGGGCCGUACGUGAGUUGGGAUGGAGUGCACUACACAGAGGCUGCAAAUAACAUUGUUGCCUCGGCAAUCUUGUCUACUAAAUAUUCCACUCCAAACCUUCCAUUUAACUUCUUCUGCAAUAACUAAUGUCUAAUUAAUACUACUACAAUUAUGUAGCUAA